CUAUUACCUGAUAUUUACAGUCAGCUAAAGCUAACAAACGGAGGAAUGCUCUGGUGCGCAGCCGCAGCUCAAUCGAUCAGCGGUGCUGACAUUACCACUGAAGAGAAAGAUGAGGCAGACAGCUGAUGGCCUCAGACAAAAGACAAAUGCCACACCUGGAGAGACUUUAUCAGAAAUGAACAUCGCCCCAGUGGCUUUAAGUCUCAACCAGACCAGUAUACUGUGUCUCCCCCUGGUGUCUGACAGUAAGAGGCUUAUAUGGGUCCACUCUAAUGAGGUCAACCUACAGCUGGAUGGUGCAGGAGAGCUGGACAAGGCCUUCGAUAGGUUCCCAUACCUGACGCAGAAACAGACGGAUGCACUGGCACAGCGCUGCUCCCUGCACCCAGACCACGUGAGGGUGUGGUUCAUGGUACAGCGGCUCCGCUACGGCAUCAGCUGGGACUACAAAGAUAUCAACAAGGUUCGGAGGAUGUUCAAGUCAAGUCAGAGAAAGGAAGCGCUGCAAAGGGGUGGAGGAGACGUUAGGGAGCAACAGAGUGCAAGUAAGGGAAGAAUGAUGGGAAAAAAUGUGAGGGCUAAUAAGCGUUGGGAGAGAAAAAUGAAGCAGGAGCAGCCAACGAAGAAAGAGAAGGACAGAAAAGUAGAAGAACUAGAGGAAGACAAGGGGAAUACUCAGAAAAAGCGGAAAAGGGUGAGAGUGGGCGACAAGAAGCGAAAGAAGAGAGCAGGAGAAGUAGAAAUAACAGGUGAUGAAGUUGUGAGGGAGUCCACCAAAACCCACCAGAAGAAAAAGAAACCAAGAGCAAGCAAAAGAUUACUGUCUGUCCAAGAGUGGCCGGCCUACAAGAGCUUUGUGGUGCCUGAUGAGGGGCUGGACGUGCGUUCUCCACUCAUGCCCCUUCUUCAAACUCCAGCCUUUGGUCUGUCUCCACUCACUGACAACCAGACGCCCAAUAUUCACAUGACCCCCCUGAAAAGCGGCUUUGAGAGGAAAACAAAAAUGGAAGCCAAGCUGGAGGGAGAACUGUGGGCAGAGUCAAUAAACCACAGUGGUACCGUCACUGAUGUUGGCCUACUGAAGGAGCUCAUAGAAGUGACCAAUAGCCCUGCUGCUGCAGACGGCACUCGGCCCCGCACGAAGACGCAGCCCCAGUUGGACAUGAUGAGGUUGGCGUUCUUGCACUGCCAGUAUCCGGACAGCGAUGACUACAACUUACUGGCGCAGCUGAUCGGCGUCCCCCGCUACGACUUGGUUCAGUGGUUCGGCGACAUGCGCUAUUACAUCAAGAAAGUGAAGCCGGGCUGGAUGAAUCCAGAGCAGCACAGCCAGGCGCUGGCCAACAUCAAGUACCGGCAGUGCCUGAACACGCUGGUAAAGGCCCAGCCCAGUGAGGGCGGCAGAAAGGCAACCUGCAAGGUGAAGCCUGACAAGAGUAAGAGCUGGGGCGAGGAUGAGAGCGUGCAGGCGCCUCCAGAGUAGAAAUUAUGCCACAGCCUGUGUACCUAAUAUUCCACCGGGGGGGAUCUUAAUAUUUGGAGAGAUGCAUCAAAAAAUGUUUUUAUGAGGGUGCAACUGUUUGUUAUGUUGGACUUUAAGACAGCUUUUAUUACACAGAUGUUUGAUAAAAGGCAGUGUAUUGUUGUUAUACUCACUUAACAUGUUGGUUAACGUGUAAGAUUCUUGUUUGCGAUCUUGAUGCAGUUACGAAUCAUUGAGUCCCUUUGUGCUGUGCAGAUGUUUUUUUUAUUGACAUUCAAGUUAACACUUUUAUUGCUUGUUGUUCGAACAUGACUCGUCCUGUGAUUAGUUACAACAAAAACGUUCAUAAACUACAAAAUGAAUGCUCUGUUCUUUUUUUCAAGAAAGUUCACCUGCCAGCCCAUAAUCCAAACCAAAAUUAACAAAAAUAUAGUACAAUUCUAGGAUAUUAUG